CAUCACCUCAAUAAGGCUUUCCUCAUCAAAUUCCUCCAUGGCUUGCAUUGAAAAUGUCCUUGGAGGGCACGCCCCUUCACCCACAGCAGUAGCGACAGCUGAAAACGGGAACCGGGAGCCGCAGCCCGGCUUGCCCCUCCAGUGCCUGAAGGAUGAUGCGGGGUCCUGGGGCCACCCUCGAGUCCCGCUGAGACCGCCCUUCAAGGUGCUGAGCGAUCUGGCAAGAGAGCGACUGGAGUGCCCCUCGGAGAGAACAGGAUCUUGCAUUCCUGUCGACUGCUCGAGAGCUCUCAAACCCCCAUAUGGGCCACCACCUGCUGUUGCGGAAGAGCCCCUAGCAACAGGAGAAGUAAAUAGCUCUGAGGGGCAGGCAGGCUGGAGGCAGAGGGGGCAAGAUUCUGUUAACAACGUGUCCCAGGAAUUCUCUGGCAGCCCUCCCGCACUGAUGGUGGUGGGGACAAAGGUCAGCAAUGGGGGCACUGAGAGAGGUGGCAGCAAUGCAGGGUUAUAUGUGGCUUUGCCACGGGGUCAAGGAUUCUUUCCAUCCAGGGGCCCUCAAGUAAGAGGCCCUCCACACAUCUCGACCCUUAGAUCGGGGAUAAUGAUGGAGUUGCCUCCAGGAAACACGAAAGUGACGGGAAGGGAGAGGUUGGCUCAUGUGUCUUUCCCACUGGGAGGCCCGCGGCACCCUGUGGAGAACUGGCCAAGGCCUAUGCCCUUGGCCUCCAGCACUGCAGGUUUACCUUGCUGCGCUACUGCUCAUUGCUUCAUUCCUCCUCGACCUCCUAGUUUCAAUCCGUUUCUGGCUAUGCCUAUUGCUUUUGCUCCUCCCCCAAUAUUUGGUCCUCCACUGCCUUCCUGUUUUGCCGAUUUCCCUUCCUGGGGAAUGCCUGCUCCUGCAUCCUCAAACAGAGAGAACAACUGA